AUGGCUAAUGGUUCUAACUUAGCAAUGCUUUUAUUAGAAGAUAACCAAGUUGCAAGAGGGUUAGCCUGGUCUUUUGGCAUAUUAGGUAUAAUUUCGAACAUUUAUGUUUUUAUGGGUAAAUUUCGACGUUGCCGUCGAAUUUUUUCUCGUCACAAGCGUACUGCACCAGAGUAUGCUGUCAAUGAUAGUACCAACGAUAGUAAAAAUAAACGAGUUUCGGUUUUUUUUAUCAACAAUUUAGCAGUUGCGGAUUUACUUGGAUCGUUCUAUUUGCUAACUAUUGCUUCAGCAGAUUAUCAUUAUCAUUUACAGUAUUCUGGAAAUCAAAAUAAGUACAAUUAUCAUAGCAAUCAAACAAUAAAUACUAAAAGCUGGAGAUGUAAAUCGACCCUAUCAACCACUUUAGCGCCCUCAGUUAACGGCAAUCUAACCAUCGGUGCUAUGUGGUUACAGGAUCCAGUUUGUUCCAUUGCAAGACUACUAAUUACUAUCGAUUCAUUUAUGUCGGUGUUAAUAACAUUCUUUAUUGCUAUCGAUCGUUAUAUUACCAUUAUUCAUCAUCGAAGCCUCUAUCGUAUUACUCGUCGGCGUGCAAUAAUAAUUAUGGCAAUUUGCUGGCUAGUUGGUAUAGCUUGUUCUACCUAUAUCGUCAUUCGAUCAAUUAAUACUGCUGACAAUGAUACCUCGAGUGGUACUUUUCGCAAUUUAUGCAUGUAUGGUAACUUAAACGAUGUUCCUCUGCAAAUAUUUCUAUUUAUAUCUAUUGGCUUAUGGUCUAUGAGUUACCUACUUGUACUAGUUUUAUAUGCUAAAAUUAUUUAUCACGUCCGACGUGUAACGUUAGUUAAAACACGACGUAUUACAGCGGAAAGAUACUUAUUAGUUAUAGCUGUGAUGAUCGCCUUUACCAAUUUAGCUUGUUGGUUACCAGCUAUCUUAAUUGCAAUGUUCAAACUGUUGCAGCUAUCUAUUGUCGAAAGUUUUACUGGGUAUAAAAGCCGACUUGUUAUGUUUCAUCCCUAA